GAAGGCACGCCUACGACUCUUUCCUCCGAUCCUUAUAUUACGGUAGUGCCAGAGUCUACUUGUCUUCCAUUCUCUCUCUUCUAGCUAGCAAAGCUCGACGCCAUGGACUCCAGCAACGAAAGCAUCCUCUUCUAUAGCCCCGGUGUUUCCACCACUGCUGCGGGUCUCUUUAGGCUGUUGCCUGAGAUUCAAGUCGUUGAGCUCCUCCUGGCCAUCUCCAUCUUCGUCGCUAUCCACUCCCUCAGGAAAGGGAGCCGUCAGGGCCUCACGUCGUGGCCGGUGCUUGGCAUGUUGCCGUCGCUCGUCCUCGGAGUCCGUAAGAACAUCUAUGAGUGGCUCACCGGCGUGCUUAACCACCAAGGUGGCACGUUCACCUUCUGCGGGCCGUGGUUCACCAGCCUUCAGUGCGUCAUUACUGCCGACCCUCGCAACCUGGAGCAUCUCCUCAAGGUCAAGUUCACUAACUUCCCCAAGGGCGAGUACUUCCGCACCUCGGUCCAAGAUCUCCUCGGCAACGGCAUCUUCAGCGCCGACGACGAGACCUGGCGCAGGCAGCGGAAGAUCGCGAGCCUCGAGUUCCACUCGGCCGAGUUCCGGUCCAUGACGGUGCAGUCCCUCGUCGAGCUCGUCCACUCGAGGCUCCUCCCGGUGCUCGCAGCGGCCCACGACCGGCGCACCCCGAUCGACCUCCAGGACGUGCUCCUCCGGCUGACGUUCGACAACGUCUGCAUGAUCGCCCUCGGGACCGACCCGGGCUGCCUGCGCCCCGGGCUGCCGGAGAUACCGUUCGCCAAGGCCUUCGAGGACGCGACCGAGGCAACGACCAUGCGCUUCAUCAUGCCGACGGGCGUGUGGAAAGCACUGCGCUACCUCGACCUCGGGAGCGAGAGAUGGCUCCGGAGGUCCAUCGAGGUCGUCGACGAGUUCGCCUACGAGGUGAUCCGGGCCAGAAGGGAGGAGCUCUCGUCCUCGGAACAGACGCGGACGGCGAGGUCCGACCUUCUGACAGUGUUCACGAAGCUAACAGACGAAGACGGCAAGCCCUACUCCGACAAGUUCUUGAGGGACGUGUGCGUCAACUUCAUACUCGCCGGCCGGGACACCUCGUCGGUGGCGCUGGCCUGGUUCUUCUGGCUACUGAACCGGCAUCCGAAGGUCGAGCAGAGCAUUCUUAGCGAGAUAAGGAAUAUAACAGAGGAGAGAGGAGGAGAAGCAGAUGGUGAGUUGGUGUUUAAGCCCGAACAAGUGAAGAGGAUGGAUUAUCUGCAUGCAGCGCUAUCGGAGGCUCUAAGGUUGUAUCCUUCGGUACCAAUGGACCACAAGGAGGUUGUGGAGGACGACGUGUUUCCUGAUGGCACGGUGCUGAAGAAAGGAACGAAGGUCAUCUACGCCGUGUACGCGAUGGGGAGGAUGGAGAGCAUAUGGGGGAAGGACUGCAUGGAGUACAAGCCGGAGCGGUGGCUCAAGGACGGGCGGUUCAUGAGUGAGUCGGCGUACAAGUUCACGGCCUUCAAUGGCGGACCGAGGCUGUGCGUGGGCAAGGACUUCGCGUACUACCAGAUGAAGGUGGUGGCCGCCUCCAUCCUGCAUCGUUACCAGGUGAAGGUCGUGGAGAAGCACCCCGUGGUGCCCAAGAUGGCGCUGACCUUGUACAUGAAGCACGGACUGCAGGUCACCCUCUGCAGAAGAGAUGAAGUGGAGCCGGUGGAGAAGAUGAAGAAGAACAAAAGCUAGAUAGCUAGGUUACGUACACUCUGAAGAAGAGAUGAAGCGUGGCUUACCAUUAACAUGUUAUUAAAUCUAGGGUUUGAAAUAAUGAUCGGGACUCGUCUGGUUUGGAAGAAUAUAUGUGUGCAUGUAUGUUUAGCAUUUCACUGAAAGAACUCAGUGAAAUACAUUACUUGCAAGAAAUUAGUAUUUGCGUGUGUAGAUCAAAAGUGAAGAAGACAAAAUAAAAAAGGUCAAACCUGCAGUCUUUUGUGUGCAAGAAGA